UUUUUAAGUUCUACGUCCUUUCCCUGAUCCCUUUGUAUCUACAAAAUUCUCCCACCGUACAUGAUUAAUCCCAAAUUCUGACAAGCCCAUUUUAGUUGGCGUCCGAUUCUCUCAAACCCCUCUGAAAAAAUCUCAUUUGGACCCCUCUAUGAUUCCUAGAAUUCUUUUUAUCCCAGCCUAAAAUUUUCCCUCCUUUCCUUCACUUUCCCGGGGAAAAAAGUAUUAUCACACCCACAUCAACAUGGCUGCCGCGCUCAGAUCCAAAUCUUCCAAGGAUACGGCGUCGUUCACGGUCUCCCAGUUCCGCUACUUCGUAUUCAACCACAUGCACGACGGUCGCAUGGCCAGCUCUCACUGUACGCACCGUUCCAAGUGGGAUGACCUCUACAUGAACACCCCCUACCACUUCACUUCCUUCAAACCCGUGUCUUUACGCGGCGAGUUCAUCGAAAAGGGUACUCAAUUCUCCGAUAGUAAUCGGAGAAACACUCAAAGUUGUGGUUUUGAUAAGAAUUGGAGCGAAAAGUUGAGCAGUAGGUUUACUACUGUGUUGAGCUCCGAUGGGGACCCACGGGAGGUGUGGUCCGGGGACGGAAUGGUGAUAAAGACGGGCAGUUCGAGCUUGCAUGUGGUUCGUGGUGGCGAUACGAGCACCGGCUCGGGCGGUGGUGGGAUUGGGUCGAAUUCGAAGGAUGGGUGCUGGGGAGGGUCCAAUAUGGGGAAUAAUUUUCCGACGCCGAAGGAGAUUUGUAUGGGGCUUGACAAGUUUGUAAUUGGUCAGGAGAGGGCCAAGAAGGUGCUUGCUGUGUCUGUUUACAAUCAUUAUAAGAGGAUAUAUUAUGAGUCCCUUCAAAAGUGGCCAGCAGAAGAAUCAAGUAACAAGAAAGCAGAUGUAGUGGAUGAUGAUCGAGUAGAACUUGAGAAAAGUAAUAUCCUUCUAAUGGGGCCAACAGGAUCAGGGAAGACAUUACUUGCCAAAACUUUGGCUCGGUUUGUGAAUGUUCCUUUCGUUAUUGCAGAUGCAACUACGCUGACUCAGGCAAGAUAUGUCGGGGAAGAUGUGGAGUCUAUAUUGUACAAACUCCUUAUGGUUGCUGACUAUAAUGUGGCAGCUGCCCAGCAGGGCAUUGUUUACAUUGAUGAAGUUGACAAAAUUACCAAAAAGGCUGAGAGCCUUAACAUUAGUAGAGAUGUGUCUGGGGAGGGUGUUCAGCAGGCAUUACUAAAGAUGCUGGAAGGAACAGUUGUCAAUGUUCCUGAGAAGGGAGCUCGAAAGCACCCUAGAGGUGAAAAUAUACAGAUUGACACAAAGGACAUUCUUUUCAUCUGUGGAGGCGCCUUUAAUGACUUGGAGAAAACAAUCUCAGAAAGGCGCCAAGAUUCUUCUAUCGGAUUUGGUGCUCCUGUACGUGCCAACAUGAGGGCUGGUGGUGUUACAGAUGCUGCUGUUGCAUCAUCUUUAUUGGAGACUGUUGAAAGUAGUGACCUUAUUUCGUACGGUUUAAUACCCGAAUUUGUUGGACGGUUUCCCAUUCUUGUCAGUUUGUCGGCUCUAACUGAAAACCAACUCGUGCAGGUCCUUACAGAGCCAAAAAAUGCCCUUGGGAAACAAUACAAAAAGAUGUUCCAGAUGAAUGGCGUCAAGCUGCAUUCAACGGAAAAUGCCUUGAGAUUAAUUGCUAGAAAAGCAAUAUCAAAGAACACGGGGGCUCGGGGCUUACGAGCAAUAUUGGAGGAUAUAUUGAUGGAUGCUAUGUAUGAGAUUCCAGAUGUUAGAACAGGUGAUGAUAUAAUAGAUGCAGUGGUAGUUGAUGAAGAGGCUGUUGGGUCCGACCGACGCGGACGCGGGCGCGGAGCUAAGAUCCUCUAUGGCAAGGGUGCAUUGGAUCGUUAUCUUUCACACGAGGGAGAACCUGAGGUGGAAAUAGAAGCUCGUAUUGUUGCCAGCAUGUAACCUCUGGUGAAAUUUAUUUGUACUCUCAUCCUUUGUACAUAAUUAGUUAUACAUUUAUUUAAUGAGUAUAUAAUUUGCAAUUGUACUACAUAGCACAAUGCUCCAAUGGUCUGCAGUGCUUGAUUUAAUAAAUAUAUAAUUUACCUCCA